AAAGGUCCAAAAUACUGGCAGCUCGGUUUGGCAAACAGGAGAAUGCCGCACGUGCGAGUCGUAAUUGCCGCGGCAGAACGUCUCGACCCUCGUAGGACGACAAAUUCAGGUCCUGAACCACGGAUACCCACUAAUUAUUCUUCGCUGAUCACAAUUUUCUGAUUUCUACCAUAAUUCCAUGGCGAACAUCGGCAGCGUUUUUCUUGGUGAUUCGAAGCGGAUUCGUGUCCUGUCGUCCUCUAGUACUCCGCCAUCAUCACCACCUUUGUCAGGUUCCUCGAUGUCGGCCAUUCUUGCUGGAACAUCUCCGACACAGUCCCCUGCACAAUCGCCGCCACCAGCCUCCACGUCAUUCAAGUCUUCACCUGCAGCUAAGGAGCGUCGGAUUGACCCAGCACUGUCGCUAGAGUUACGCCUAAGAUGGCUUGAGGCCAUUGUGUUUGGGGUGAAGCACGACCGAAAGGGCAAGGAAAAAGAGAGGGUACACGGUGACCAGACACUCAUCAGAGCAGCAGAGACGCUGCAGCGCACACUGGACACUAUUGUCGAGAACAACGAUGGGCUCAAACGAUUCAUGAGUCGCUACGAACAGCACGCCCAUCUCUUGACGCCUUCCUUUGCACUGGCAGGACUCCUACCAGACCCACCAGCAUAUCAGAAUAUGUCACAAGAGGAACUAAACGCCUUUAUCGGAGAAAUGGGACAUGAUAUACGUUCCGCAGACCGUGAUAUGCAAGAAAUUGACGCGUUGCAGAGGAAGGGAGUCACAGGUGCAGGGAAACUGGCAGACUACGAGCAGUUGCAACCCCGCCUUGAAAUCCUUCGCAAGUCUUAUGAUGAGAACAUUGAGCAUGCUGCACGACUUGAAAAGCGUAUUGCCGCUAUACUGGAACGUCAUUCUACUCAGGUUGAUACACUGUCAGAACUGUUCGUGACGUGGGAUGACACUCUCACUGAUGCUGAACACAAGAUCACGAAACUAGAACGAGCACUGGCAGAACGCAGACGGAUGGGCCUCCAAUAACAUUGUUAUGUACAGUGAGUUAAUGACGAAUACAGAUC